AUGCACUACGAGUCGAAGGGCUCGUCGAGAAACAGCGCGUCGGGAUCGAAUAAUCCGUGCCGAGGCAUUUCGCCACUGACAAUCAUCGAGAUCGCACCAAAACCGGAGCUCAAUGUUUCUGUCUUUGAAGCCCGCAUAUUGAAAGGUUAUGAAGACAAUCAAGGACACUACUACUUCGACGGCCACGCGAAUGGAUCUGAUUUUAUGUAUUUGAAAGUGUGGAGCUUAAAGGGAGAUGUCAUUUGCGAGUAUCAUCUGCGAGUCAAAUCGCACUUGAUGCCGAGAAUUUCAUUACCGGAAGAGCAUGAGUUUAUGCCUUGCCCGUAUUGGUGCGGCGUUCAACUUGUGUUCGACGGAAUCGGAAACCCGGUGAUGAAGGAGCCGGCCUGGACGCCGACGAUGAUACAGAAAAUUAUUGGAGAUCUUAAAGGCAUCUAUUCCGCCGAUGUGGUCAUCACAAAUUCGAACAUCAAAGAAAUCAAUUUUUCGAAAUUCGAGCUGAUCACAUUCGGCUAUUGGCAUUUCGAGAAUCUGACGGAACUCGAGGUUGUUAACUUCCCUGAUGAUAUCGAUGUUAGAUAUUCGAUGAAAGUUCAUACGAAAAACGUGCCAAAGUUAAAUGCCGACUCGAGGCGCCGUCUUUACUCAUUAUGCAUGUGGGAUUGCGACAUCGAGCCGGCUGCCAACGAGCCGCCGGCAACGAAACCCGCUCCACCACCGCGAAGUCCCAUCCACGAUUUUUAUUAUUAUGAUUAUGUCGAGAAAAAAUUCCCACCUGUAUACGAUUGA